AUGGACGAGGAACAAGACCAAAACAACCAAGUCGCAUUGAAAAUAGGCUUAAUUGGAGAUUCCCAAAUAGGUAAAACUUCGUUAAUGGUGAAAUAUGUCGAGGGUUCCUUUGAUGAAGAUUAUAUACAAACACUUGGUGUCAAUUUCAUGGAUAAACGAAUACAAAUAAGAAAUACCACAAUCAUGUUUUCCAUAUGGGAUCUUGGAGGGCAAAAAGAAUUUAUCAAUAUGCUACCGCUAGUCUCAAAUGAUGCGGUUGCAAUUUUAUUUAUGUUUGAUCUCACACGAAAAUCGACUCUUAAUUCAAUUAAAGAAUGGUAUCGACAAGUAAGGGGGUUCAAUAAGACGGCCAUUCCGUUCCUCAUUGGCACAAAAUAUGAUCAAUUUAUAGAUUUAUCAUUUCAAGACCAAAUUGAAAUCACACAACAAGCUAAAAAGUUCGGAGCAGCAAUGAAGGCGCCUGUUAUUUUCUGCUCAACCAGUCAUUCAAUAAACGUACAGAAAAUUUUUAAGAUUAUCUUAUCAAAAGCAUUUGAUUUGAAGUUGAAUUUGGAUGAAAUUGUCAAUGUGGGAGAGCCUAUAUUGAUUUUCAAAUAA